AAUAAGAAUAUAAAAUAAACAAUACAAUAAUUGAAAUACUGUAAAGCACACAUGUCUUAUAUUUGGAUACGCGUUUUUGUAGCUGUAAGCUGCUACGCUUCAGGUCUACCAGCACCGGCCAGUCACCAAUGCGGUUAUAAGAGCUGUCACCCUGUGAAGGAUGACAUGCUGAAUGUGCAUAUUGUGCCACACACACACGAUGAUGUCGGCUGGGUGAAAACCAUAGCCGAGUAUUACAACCAGGACGUUUCGUAUAUAAUUUCAUCAGUUGUGGAAAGCUUAUCCAAUGACAAAACAGGGAUGAAGAAGUUUAUUUAUGUUGAAAUGGCCUUUCUUAAAAUGUGGUGGACAAAUGCGAAUGACGAGGCUCGGCAGAAAUUCAAACACCUUGUUGACAAAGGUUCGCUGGAAAUAAUUCUCGGAGGCUGGUGCAUGAAUGACGAGGCUACACCCUACUAUCUGGACAUAAUAGACCAACACAGUCUCGGCUUUGAGUUUAUUCGCCUGAACCUCGGAGAAUGUGGCCGUCCAAAGAUUGGCUGGCAGAUUGACCCCUUUGGGCAUUCGAGGGAGCUUGGGUCUUUGUUUGCACAGUUUGGCUUCGACGGCAUGUUUGUUGGCCGGAUAGAUUACCAGGACAAGCAGAAGAGAGAAGCGACAAAAACGCUGGAGAUGGUCUGGAAGACAAGCGACUCGCUAGGAGAGUACUCGGACCUGUUUGUGGGCGUGUUGGACAAUGUGUACUGGCCCCCACAGGGAUUCUGUUGGGACUACUGGUGUGGCGAUAGGGAACUCGUGUCUGGUUCGGAUGCGUAUGUACAGUCGAAGGUCGACGAUUUUAUUGGGCUCAUGAAGGCGGAGGGUAAUCGUUACGCCACUAAUCACGUGAUGGUGGAGAUGGGCAGUGACUUCCAGUACAGAGAUGCCGACAAGUGGUACAGGAACCUGGACAUGCUCAUAGAAAAAGUCAACGCAAGGCAAAGCGACCCAGCCUUCAAGAUGAACCUCCUGUAUUCCAACCCCGCCUGCUACCUGUACCAGCUAAACCUCGCCAACCGCACGUGGACCACGAAAUCAGACGACUUCUUCCCGUACGCGCACCGGGCACACUCCUUCUGGACCGGUUACUUUACCAGCAGACCGAAUCUGAAGCGCCUCGUCAGAACCGCGGGCGCACUCCUACAGACAUGCAAACAACUGAGCGCCUUGACAGAAAUUCCUCUUCAAGAAUACAAAGAAAUCGAUUAUCUAAAGGAAGCGAUGGCGGUCGUUCAGCAUCAUGAUGGUGUCUCUGGAACAGAGAAGCAGUACGUGUCCGACGACUACACUAAGCUACUUCAGAACGGUAUCAGCUACUGCAAGAACAUCACAGCACGUUCAUUAGCACGCUUGAUGACUGUGAACAAAAGCACAGAGCUGACAUCCGUGGACUUGGUGUUCUGUCCUCAGUUGGAUUUAGCACGCUGUGACCUCACAGAGAAAGAGGAGAAGUUUACCGUGGCGGUAUACAAUCCCCUAGCACGAAGUCGGUUGACCUAUGUCCGUAUACCAGUGAGCAAGGGCGACUUCAGCGUCCGGAAUGCUAGCGGGUCAACCAUUGGAUACCAGAAACUUCCAAUAACACGCCAGACGGAGUUGAUUCCAGAUAGAGGCCCAUCUCUUGCCGUGGAUGAACUCGUGUUCCCAGCGUUACUUCCGCCUCUCGGCUUUACCACUUUCACAGUUGAGAAAGUUGAUGCAACCAAGGACACUGCGAAUGCAGAGCAGGAAUGGCUGGAGGAGAAAAUCAAAGAGCUGGCAGAGCAGUCGUUUGGUCCUCAGCCGUACAGUGAAGCGGUGGAGAUCAUCGAAAAUCAGUUCUACACUGUGUCGGUGAGUCGGGAGACGGGGCAAAUCUCGCGCAUCUGGAACAAGAAAGAGGACGUUGCCGUGGCUCUCAAGCAGAACUUCUUCUACUACGUUGCGCAUGAUGGCAACAACUUCGAUGCCGACGGUCAGGCGUCCGGUGCCUACAUCUUCCGUCCUACGUCAAACAAUCCUACCAGGGCAAACGACGGGACGGUCGUGGUAACCGCAUACAAGGGAGGGCAUGUACAGGAAAUAAGGCAGGUUUUCUGUGACUGGAUUUCUCAAGUUAUCCGCCUAUAUGACAACUCGAGCCAUAUUGAGCUGGAAUGGACAGUUGGUCCAAUACCAUCAGGCAGUUUAAACGAGGGUCGGGAGGUAGUAACCAACUACAUGACGGACCUGGAGACGAACGGCGUAUUCUACACGGACCUGAACGGCCGGGAGACGUUGCAGCGCAAGCGUGACCACCGCGACACGUGGGAACUAAACCAGACUGAGAGCGUGUCGGGAAACUACUUCCCGAUCACAACCAAGGCAUUUCUCAGGGACGAGCACAGAGGUAUACAGUUGACAGUUCUCGUAGACCGCUCUGAGGGUGCCGCGAGUAUCAAAGACGGGCAUAUGGAAGUGAUGGUACACAGGCGAACGUUCCAUGACGACUCUCUUGGAGUAGUCGAGCCUUUAACUGAGCUAGGAGCCGGUGGCAAAGGGAUUGUUGCCAGAGGUACCCACUAUCUGAUGCUGAACAAAAUCACCUCCGCCGCUGCCGUUCAUCGACCUCUCUACCAGGAAAUUUAUUUUCGGCCACAUGUUACUUUCAUGAAGAACGCUGGCAAACAUGAAAGCGAAAGUGGGCCCGACAUUGUGAAACAGUGGUCCGGCACGCGGCUCGAACUUCCUCCCAACAUCAACCUUCUGACGCUGGACCUCUGGGUAAACCCGGUCGUGCCAACAAACCAUGCGGCCCUACUCGUACGACUCGAGCACGCGUACGAAAAGUACGAACACGAUUCCAUGUCCAAUCCAAAAAUCGUCAACUUGAAGUACAUGUUCAAACAAUUUGAAAUUCUUGAUGUUAUUGAACUGACACUGGGAGCGAAUAUGAGAAAGUCAGAUGUCGACAGACUUCAGUGGCGGACUCAAGAUCAGCGCCCAUCACAUACGCGCAUACCGCUACCACUGAACGAAGGUCGCUCGGUAGAGUUAUCUCCCAUGGAGAUUCGAACAUUUCAGAUCAACGUUCGUUACCCACCAAACUAAACAGAACCUUGUUGCGUUAGUCCGAUAGAAAUUUAAGCUUCCUUAUCUGGGCACGUUUCGUUCUGAACCUUAGACGCUACAGAAAAAUUUGAAAGUGUUAACAACAAAGCGCUUUAAAUGCACAAUAAUAUGAAACAAUAAUAUACAACAAAAUGGCAUAUUUCAGCGGAGUUUCGCGGUCUGAUUUAACAUAUGUGUCUUGUUCUGAAAAAAAUGGGCAUAAUGCAUGUGCGUAAAGUGUCGUCCCAGAUUAGCCUGUGCAGUCCGCACAAGCAAAUCCGGGACGACACUUUCCGCCUAAACUGGAUUUUCGCUAAGAAGAAACAUCAUUUAAACAAAAAAAUCCAUAAAAGCGGAAAGUGCCGUCCCUGAUUAACCUGUGCGGACUACACAGGUUAAUCUGGGGUGACCAUUUGCGCACAAGCAUUAAGCCCAGUUUUCUCAGAACGCGACACAUAUGGUCAUUUGAGCACUUUCUUCAACGCAGUUCAGAAAGAUCUCUCUCAGUCUGUAAAAGAAAAAUAUAUAUUAAAUUGUUGGAACAUU